AGUAGUACUAAAUUAUUAUUGGGGCGAUAUAUUUUCUUCCUAUAUAAUGGUAAGAAUUAGCGAAUAGCAGCAAAAGAAGAUUAAGAUAAGGCAAUGAAUCUGAUGCAGGCGGUUCGCUACGACGCCUACGGGGGAGGUCCUGCCGGCCUCAAGCACGUUGAAGUUGGCGUUCCCAGUCCAAAGGCAAAUGAGGUUUUAAUCAAACUGGAAGCAGUUAGCAUUAACCCCAUUGAUUGGAAGAUUCAGAAGGGUCUUCUCCGUCCUUUAUUUCUCCCCAGAACCUUUCCCCACAUACCUUGCACUGAUGUGGCUGGAGAAAUAGUUGAGAUCGGAACUCAAGUCAAAGAUUUCAAAGUUGGCGACCUAGUCCUUGCUAAACUCACUCAUCAAUAUGGAGGUGGGUUCGCCGAGUUUGCUGUGGCUAGUGAGAGCUUAACAGCAGCCAGACCAUCUGAGGUCUCAGCCGCUGAAGCUGCAGCAUUGCCAAUCGCCGGGCUUACAGCUCGUGAUGCCCUCACUCAAAUUGCAGGAGUCAAGCUUGAUGGUACUGGCCAGCUCAAGAACAUUUUAGUAACUGCUGCUUCAGGUGGUGUAGGUCACUAUGCUGUUCAACUAGCAAAACUAGGCAACACCCAUGUCACAGCCACUUGUGGGGCUCGCAACAUUGACUUUGUUAAGGGCUUAGGUGCCGAUGAGGUUCUUGACUACAGGACUCCAGAGGGGGCUGCACUGAAGAGUCCAUCUGGUAGGAAAUACGAUGCAGUGAUAAAUUGUACAACUGGAAUAUCUUGGUCAACUUUUGAUCCUAAUUUGACUGAAAAAGCGGUGGUAGUUGAUUUAACACCUAAUGCAAGUUCAUUGUGGACUGCUGCCAUGAAGAAAAUUACUUUUUCCAAGAAGCAGCUGGUGCCAUUUUUUGUAAAUGUCCAGCGUGAGGGCCUGGAAUAUCUACUUCAAUUAGUGAAGGACGGGAAACUCAAGUCUGUUAUUGACUCCAAGUUUCCUUUGAGCAAAGCUGAAGAUGCUUGGGCUAAGAGCAUUGAUGGCCAUGCUACCGGAAAAAUCAUUGUGGAGCCAUAGGUACAGUUUGCUUGGAAUUGUUGUAUUUCUAGUUUCUACAUAUCUGGACAAGGUUUGUGUAAAGCUCAUAUGAAAAUGAAUAACUGGGCAUAUCGUAUGCCGUAAGGAUUUUAAGUUAAUGUGUUUUCAUUUGAUAUUUCGUACUGGUUUGUAUAUGACAAGAUGCUUUAUCAGGCAACUUUUUCUCGUGUCCUACUCGGUUGUUGUGCUUUCAGGAAACGGGUUAAGACGACGAAUCCACAUGUGUAUAAAUGAGCAAUACGCAUUCCACA